UUGUCCAUCCUUCGCAUUCAGAAGACGCGUUCCAAUAGGCAAUAGUCAAGCUCUGUUUUUCUCUCAAGCACCUUCAUAUCAUCAAAUUUUCCUGUCCAUUUUGUAUUCUGAUUUCAGAUUAAUCAACAAGAAAUGGCUAUGCUUCUAGAUGCCCUUCUUUCCGAAUCCAUCUCCACACUAACUACACUGGUAAUAUCUGUAGUACAAACCACAGCCAAUUUCAAGCCCGAACUGGAGCUACUCGGUUUGACCUUGCAGAGAAUCAAACCGAUCAUUGACGAAAUAGUGAAUAUGAAACGGAAAUUAGAUCGUACAGAGCUAGAGUGCAAGAUGUUCAUAGAAGAAAUCCAAGAAGCCGAAAAACUUGUCGCCGAAUGUUCGAAAAUAAAGAGGAAUAUCAUCAAGAAGUUCACUUACUCACUGAAGCUAAAAGUCCUCAACAGUAAGAUGUUAAGUUUCUUUCAAAUCGAGGUUCAAGCAUCCCAGAGUCGGGACAUUAUGCAUAUUCUUUCGGUGGUCAACGAUAUGAAAUUAAAAGUGGAUCGUAUUUUUGAGGAACAGAGAGAUACGACACAGAGUACAGGUCGGGUUGGUAAUCAUCGUGGGUCUGAAAGCACAGAACGAGAAAAGUAUGGUUGGCGUGUUCCCAUACUUCCAAGUUUGAUCGUGGCGUUUGGUGAGCCGCUGGAGAAGCUGAAGGCGGCGGUUGGUGAUGAUCAUCCGGUGCUGGUUGUGGCCGCUCCUGGUGGAUGUGGGAAGACUACUUUGGCGAAAAUGCUAUGCCAUGAUGCUGAAAUUGGAGAAAAAUUCGGGGAAAAUAUCUUCUUUGUGACAGUUUCAGAAACACCCAACUUGAUGAUGAUUAUCAGCGAUCUCUUUAAUCCAAAUCCCUCCGAUCCGCGACUUCUGUUUCAAAGUAAGGGAGACGCAAAGAACAAACUGGAGAAUUUUUUGAAUGAGAAAGCGUCAGAUCCUAUGCUUCUAGUAUUGGACGAUGUGUGGUCUGAUUCAUUUAUUGAACAAAUCUUUCCAUCCAACAUUAGAGGACACAAAAUUGUUGUCACAUCUAGGACUGCCUUUCAGAAGUACAAGACAUUCAGAUUUGAACCUUUGAACGAUGAAGAUGCCAAAAGUCUCUUUCGCAGUUCAGCAUUCACUGAAAGCGGGAGUAGACCUAGUCCAACUAUUAAUGAUGAUCUUGUGAAUCAGAUGGUACCAUGGUGUAAGAAACAUCCACUUACCCUUUCUGUGGUUGGCCGAUCUUUAAAUGGGAAGGAUGAGUUAGUUUGGAAAUCUAUGCUAAAAAAGUUGUCACGUGGUAGGUCAGUACUAGAUCUACAUGAGGAUGUAUUUAUCGGUUUAGAAAGAAGUUUUGAGUCCCUCGAUGAGGAAUUAAAGCAAUGUUUCCUGGACUUUGGGCUAUUCCCAGAAGAUCAAAGGAUCCCUGUCAGCGUCCUGUUGAAUAUGUGGGUGCAUUUGUACGACCAUGAUGACGAAGGUGUUGAUACCAUGGCCACUAUCUUUGAACUUUCCUACAGAAAUCUUGUCGAUCUUAUGACCACAGGUUUUAGGAAUGAUUCUAGCGCAAGAGUUAACUAUUGCGACCAGCAAUUAGUGACACAACAUGAUUUGCUGAGGGAGCUUGCUAUUCACCUCAAUAGCAAAUUACCCUUAGCAAAAAGGACAAGAUUGAGUAUAAAUGUACGGGGAGAUGAAUUUCCUACACCAAUCAAACAACUUCAAGAAUCCAUGCAAGCCCGCAUAUUGUCCAUUUCCACAGGAGAAUCGUUCUCCUCCAAAUGGUGCAACAUGGAAAUCCCCAACCUCGAAGUUCUAAUCUUAAACAUGAUGUCGAAAACCUACACUUUACCCCAUUUCUUAGCGGCAAAUCCAAAAUUAAAGAGUCUAAACAUCACAAACCACGGUUUAUACCUUACAAAAUUCAACAAUUUCCAUUUUCUUACCUCUUCACACAAUCUAACAAGGAUCCGACUCGAACGUGUUGACAUAAGUCCAUCCAUUUUAUCACUCAUAAGCCUGCAAAAAGUAUCCUUAAUAAUGUGCAAAAUUGGCAACACUUUCAAGAACCUCAUUACCAAAACCCCAAAUAUCUGGCCACAGUUAGUUGAACUGGAGAUCGAUUACUGCCAAGACUUGGUCGAAUUCCCAGGGACAUUAUGUAACAGUGACCAUCUCAAGAAGAAUAGCAUCACAAACUGUAAUGAUUUGUGUGGGUUUUCUGAAGAAUUUGGGGAUUUGAUUAAUUUGGAAAUGCUUAGUCUUCGUUCUUGUACGAAAUUGAAGAAAUUGCCUGAAUCGAUAUGGAGACUUAGAAACUUGAGUGUUCUUGAUAUUUCAGAUUGUUUGAACUUGAGUGGGUUGCCGGAAAAAAUGGGGAAAUUGGGUUGUUUAAGGAAGAUUUAUAUGAAAGGUUGCAGCGGAGUAAAUGAGCUUCCAGAAUCUGUGGAGGAGCUGUCUCAUGUACGUGUGGUAUGUAAUGAAGAAGUUGCUUACAAAUGGCGGGGGUAUAGUAAUGUGGAGAUUGAUUUGGUAGAAGAAAAUCCAUUAGAAACACUUGAGAGAAUGAUGUCGUUUUGAUGCUGCAUAUAUAAUUUGUUUAGUUGAGUGCAUAUUUUCUUGUAUGUUGAUCUUCAAACGAAUGAGAUGACAUUUCGAUUGUUUGUAUAAACGAUUUUUGUAAUUUGUGACUGAUUCCUGAAUCAAUAAGAAUCAAGAAAUUAUUGGAUCAA